AUGAACGUGUUUCUUGUCGGCGAGCGUGUCUUCUAUUACAACUCGAGUGGACAACUCCUGAAAGGUGUUGUUGAGUCAUCAAGUCGCAUGACAGACGGUACUCAAAUGGUUCUCAUCAAGCGUGAUGAUGGAGGAACCAUGACCUUACCAUCUGCGAGCGUGUUUCGUGGUGGUUAG